AUGUCCUAAAAACACAAAUUGCCAUCAAGUCGCAAAAUAUGUCCUGUAACAAACUCUGGACAAGAUUCUCCAACUUAAACUUAAUAGAAUGGAUCACUGAUAACAAAGUCAUAAGAUAAAUCAGAUCAUAAUAUCAAAUUGAUUUAUGAUGAAUAUGUAAGAAAUUAUUUAAGAAUAGCCUCCAAUUACACAAUUACAGAAAUAAUGAAUUUAAAGAAAAACUAAAGUUAAUAGAUAAAGUUCACUUUAGUCUAGUAAGAUUGAAAAGGAAAAUGUGUAAUAUUUUGGAGAUGUGAAAUUGAAUAUGAAAUGUGGCUUUGGUAAAUAGUUUGUAAAAAAUAACUUAAGGUAUUACUAAGGUGAAUUUUUAAUGGAUCAAUUUCAUUGGUUAAGGUGCUUAAAUUAGUAAGAUUGUACAAGUAAUUUUCAUAUUUUCUAAUCUAGCAAGGUAUAUUUUUUUAGGAGAGCUAGCAGAGAAGGCAUUUCCCUUCUUAUCACGAUCUUAUGAUUUGAAAAUACAAACUUUCCAAAAUUAUCUAAAUGGGGCAACAUUUACAGGACUAAUUGAUGAUAAAGGAUAAAAAAGUGGCAUUAGAAAAUAUAUUUGGAAAGUUGGGUCUACAUAUAUUUUGGUGAAUUCUUUGGUGGUAGUUUUAAUGGAUUUGGCUAAAUGA